AUCACCGCCUCGUCACACUCCAGCCCUUCCCCCCGCGCCGGCGCGGCGAGGCCACCGACCGGCUGGCGGGUGUUGCUUCUUCUUCUCCCGGCCCACCCGGCCUGCCCGCACCACCGACCCCUCCGCUGAGCGCGCUCCCACGCCCAUUGAAUCAUAGCGCGCCGCUCAGUCGAGCGAGGAUUUCUCUAGGAUAGCAGCCGCCAUCACCUCCUCGCCUCGCCGCGCUCCGCUGGUGCUGCUGGGUCGCUGCUGAGCGGAGCGGGAAUCGGACCGGACUCGGUUCGAAUUCGUCCUCACCUUUUCGUCGUUCGGUGCAGAUGCCAGAAGCCGAGUGGAAUGAUGAACACACUAGGAUUGUCUGCGAACUCUUUGAAGAACAAGUUCGGGCUGGGAACAGGCCAAACACGCAUCUGAACAACAUUGGUUACCGCCAAGUUGCGGCUAAGUUUCAGCAGAGGACAGAGCUUCUCUAUACAAAAUUGCAGCUUAAGAACAAAUGGGACAAGUUUAAGAAUGAUUACAUCACCUGGAGGAAGUUGCUUGUAGUAGGGAAGGGUUUACCCUGGGACACAGCAAAGGGGACAUUUGUUGCUGACGAAGAAUGGUGGAAGAAGAUCAAUAAGGAGCUGCCGGGUGCAAGGAAAUUUCGACAUGGCGGUCUACAUCAUGAGGAUAAGUUGAAUGUAAUGUUUGACUACAUCACCAGUAAUGGUGUGGAUCCUUCACCGCCUGCGCCGGAAAGCCCGAAGAAUGGGGUGAAUCAUUCGCCACCGGCUGCAACUGGUUUGCCAUCUGCUCCAGACUGCGCGCUCAAUGGAGUGGAUCAUUCGCCUGUGACUGCACAUGGUUUGCCAUCUGGUCCAUACAGCCCCAUGAAUGGGAUGGAUCAGUUGCCACUACCCGCACAUGAUUUGCGAAGUGUUCAAGAAAUCCCCAUGAAUGGUGUGAACCUCGAUGGAUUGGACAACAACACUGAAGAUAAUGAUGACAUUUAUCAAGAGCCUGUGUUUCAGUAUACUUCAAACAGGAAGAAGAGACCGAUUAGUUUCAGUGCUACAAAGAAGAACAAGAAAAACAAGGCUGAAACUGCUCUGCUCAUGCAAGCUCAUUUGUAUCGCAUAACUGAGCUGGCUCAGAAAGCACAGGAUACUUUCAAAAAGUUCAGCUCCCAAGCUGACUUGGUGCCAUGGCCUAGCAUCCAGGAUGUUAUGACACUUGUCUGGGAAUGCGGAGCACGGUGUGGAAGCAAUGAGCAUUUCAUCGCAACUGAACUGUUUGUCAGUAGAGAACAGAGGGAGAUGUUCCUGACCAUGGAAACGGCUGAGGAACGGUUCCAGUGGCUUCGAAGAAAGUACAUUGUCAAGUAUUUGUCAGGUACAACGGGUACAAAUCUGGGUACUAGAUAAAAUGAUCCUGGGCAUUUGCAUUAGAUUUUCUCCCAUGUCUGUUAGGCUCUGUUUUGGACCAGCUUCAGAAAAUUUGAUGGAGUUGUGAAUCUUUAAAAGAUAUUUAGAUAAGUCAUUUUGUUUAUUAUUUAGAUUAGAAAUAUUUUCUAAAACUAUUUAAAUUUAUAUUAUAAAAUAUAGCCACACCCUGGAGCUGGAACCUGUAGCAGUCUAAACAUCCCCUUAAUAUCCGACAUGACACAUCACAUUUUGUAUUGGAUCCUGAUAUAGCAUGCUUUGCAUCUUGACAAGUAUGGUUGUAUGAAUGUAUAUUCUGAUAUAUCCUCUGGUUUCAUUU